CCGCUCAUUGUUUUUAGCAAAGAUGGCGUUGAGUAAAACAUUUGGACAAAAACCAAUAAAAUUUCAACUCGAGCAAGAUGGGGACUUUUACAUGAUAGGCUCUGAGGUUGGCAACUACCUGCGUAUGUUCAGAGGCUCUCUGUAUAAGCGGUACCCGUCACUAUGGAGACGCCUCGCAUCCGUGGAGGAGAGGAAGAAGAUCGUAGCAUCAUCUCACGCCACCAGUGUGACCCUGCUCAAGGCGUCGGAGUGUGAGGAGAUCUUCGAGGGGAAUGAUGAGAAGUACAAGGCGGUGUCCAUCAGCACAGAGCCUCCGGCGUAUCUCAGGGAGCAGAAGGCGAAGAAGAACAGUCAAUGGGUGCCCACCCUGCCCAACAGCUCCCAUCAUCUGGAUGCAGUGCCUUGCUCCACCACGAUCAACCGAAAUCGAAUGGGUCGUGAUAAGAAGAGAACUUUUCCAUUAUGUUUUGACGACCACGACCCUGCAGUCAUCCAUGAAAAUGCUUCCCAAGCUGAGGUCCUGGUUCCCAUCCGCCUAGAUAUGGAGAUUGAUGGGAUGAAACUCAGAGACGCCUUCACCUGGAACAUGAAUGAGAAGCUUAUGACUCCAGAGAUGUUUGCCGAGAUCCUUUGUGAUGACCUAGAUCUCAAUCCUCUCACCUUCGUCCCUGCCAUCGCCUCUGCCAUUAGACAGCAGAUAGAGUCCUACCCCACCGACAGUAUUCUGGAUGAGCAGACAGAUCAGAGGGUUAUCAUCAAGCUAAACAUUCACGUAGGGAACAUCUCUCUGGUUGACCAGUUUGAAUGGGACAUGUCAGAGAAGGAGAACUCACCAGAAACGUUUGCUUUGAAGCUCUGCUCUGAGCUGGGCCUUGGAGGAGAGUUUGUCACCACCAUCGCCUACAGCAUCCGAGGACAGCUCAGCUGGCACCAGAGGACGUAUGCCUUCAGUGAGAACCCUUUACCUACCGUGGAGAUUGCCAUUCGGACCACAGGUGAUGCUGACCAGUGGUGCCCUCUACUGGAGACCCUGACAGAUGCAGAGAUGGAGAAGAAGAUCAGAGAUCAGGACAGAAACACAAGACGUAUGCGACGACUUGCCAACACAGUCCCUGCCUGGUAGAGAAAGGUCAUUAUUGGUGCUGCCACUCAAUAAGCUUACAAUCUCUAAAAAAGCCCUGGGGUUGCUGGAGGUCUUUGCACAGAUACACACAGCGCUCCAGGUAACAUUCCUCCCUGCCUUCUGACCUCUUCAAUCCACAACAGCUUUACAUACACUCUAGAGACACCAGUUCUUUCAACUCUGAUCUAGUGUCAGCCAGACUUAACAGUGCCCAAAGGGGCAACUCAUACUUCACUGAUCAUGAGUCAGAUCUAAUUAGAAUGCCUGUCAUUGCAGUUUCCCUGGUCUGCAUAUACAGGGACAUCUGUAAAGACUGAUAACUUACUCUGUUGUAAAAGGACACUUUUGAGAAUGAUUGAGAAGUAUUGUGUUUUCCGUUAAAGGUGCUAAUACAAACUAUAAACUUGACUUGCUUUUAUAAAAUAAAGGAAGUAGAGAA